AGAAACGUGCGUCUCUCGUAGAUUGGGUCGGCAUUUUCGCGUACAAUGAAUUUCUGGCCAUGGCACAAGUUUUGGAAUUAUUCGAGAAUUUGUCGAAAUUCUUUUCGAGACAUUUGACGCGCGAGCAAGUGGACGAGUGCUUUGAGAACGCCCAGUCCAACCAGGAAAAAGGAAACGCGACUGGCGGAAGUGGUCCCCGCAAUGAUGCAACCAACGACAGUUCAAGUGAUAGUGACGACGACGACGACUCCUCAAGCUCAGGAUCCUCCAGUGACGACGCAGCAGAUGGUGAUAUCAAUUCCUUCGAUGAAAUACCCAUCGUCAGGCAAGCCAUGCAAAACUCCCAAGUCACUUCCAUCUUGCUGGAGUUGUGUACAGCAAUCCGCGAGCUGCGAGCGUCCAACAAUGGUUACGAUAACACCUACGAUUGCUGGGACCGGGUCAUCACGGUAUCACCAAGAGAUCAGUAUUUAACGUUUAUUUAUACGCUUUUACGGCUCGCGCUGGCUGAACCUACCUCAAAGAUUUAUCGACAAUUAACACUGGCCAGUGCGCGCGCUUAUAUUCUAUCCUUGACGAUUCCUGGAUCGAAAGGUUUUCAUAUUUUUGAUGAUAAAAUGAUUGAGCAGGCGAUCGAAGUGUUCCAUUUAGUGGACAUGGUAAAGGAGCAGAACGUAUCCAGUCGAAUAUCUGCGUCGGAACUUACAGAGUUGUGGGUGAAUUUGGCGAAUUUUUGUGAUGAUCUAAAGAUAAUGUUUCGUUACGUUCACUUUGAGGAUUAUAAGGAUAUCAAGAAUGCGAUCAUAUGGGAGCUGAAUAAGUUGUUGUAUAAUAAUCACGUGCAUGGAUAUGUGAACACAUACGCAGCUACCUUGCACAGCAAAUGUUUUGAAAUUUACGAAGAGAUCGCAAAUGCUCACAACGGCGAUCCAGAAGAUACUUUAAUGAAAAUUAUGAAAAUCACUUGUUGCCUUCAUGUAUUCCCGCCAAAACCAAAACGACCAAAAAUGUUCAGCGCUUCAAUUGAUUCAUCCCAAUUCAACGAACACAUAUCAGAUUGGUUCGUGACGAUAAUCAACAAAUCACCACGAAUUGUAACAAAAAUACUGAAACACUUCAUUGAAUAUGUUGUAACCAAUCAGUUGAAGGGUGAAAAAGAGGAAAAAUCGCGACUUCUAGACUACGCAGCAAAAUAUGAUGCCGCACUCUACACGAAAUGCAAUGAAUCUAAUUUAGAUUUUCUUCUACAAGCUUCCAAUGCAGACGAUCUACAUAUAAGAACGAACGCUAUUGAAAUUCUGACCCGAAUCAUAUUGAUUGAAUCAAAAGUCAACUGGGAGGUGUUUCGUCAUGAAAUUUCAACGGUCCCACGUGAAGUUCACGCUAUCAAAGAACUGUUCAACCGACUAUUGGAUGUGAAUAACACAAUUAAACUAAAAGCCAUCAACGGAUUGCAACAGGCAGUUACCAAAGGUACUCCGGAUGCAAUGAAAAUCAUGUCUGAGGGAUUGAAGUUUGCUAUUUUCGACGACACCGGCGUUAUUCUUCCGGAGGAGCCGAGGAUUCGAUUUCGCGAAAUUCGCUACGAACGUCCAAAGCCAGUGGAUCCGAAUUAUACUUUCGAUGGACAUGAACUUCUCAAAGAAGAAUUCGUUAAGCUUCCAAAUAUUUUGUAUUUUUUAUUUAAGAAUAACGCUGCACAUGUGCGAAGAGGAGCAUUAUUAUUGCUUGAAACUGCUGUCCUGAAAAAUCCUUUUGUUAUAUACAGAACAAAGUUUGUACAGGAAGCUUCAAAACUAGGUGAAGAUAGUUCUCUUGAAGUGCGCAAACAAGCUCUGCAGAUGAUAGAUUCAAUAUUAAAUCAUUAUCCCAAUUGCUACCCAGUGAUUUAUGUAUGGUCUCAAAUAAUUGUACCUUUAUUCAAAGAUCCUGAUGCAAAGCUUGUUGAUCAGGCUUGGGAGUGCUUUCGAAAGCGAGUUUUCGAUAACAUUCGCGGUAUCGACAGUUCAAAUCAGGCUGAACAUUUUAUGCCGUGGGUAAUUUUCCGUGUGCUGCUUUCGACACAUCAGAGACAUUUUUUGCAGUCGUGCAUUUUAGAAUCGAUUAAUAAGAAAAUUUUAACUCAUAAGGUGUUAACGCUCAUUGAAUCUCAUACGUUAACUUCGAACUCGACGGAAGCAUGGAUUAUGUUAAGUUUUAUUGCUGGCAAGAUGAAGUGCAAGGAUGCUGACUCGCUCAUAUCAUCAUUUAUUAAAUCAACUUUAGAGCAAUCGUGGAACGCGGGACAAAAUCUACAAAUCAUUCUUGAAGUUCUGACAAUUUGGAUCAAUGAAUUCAGUCACAGUGCUCUGAACAUGGCAUUUAGCUGCAUCGUGAACCUCAUGAAAAGUGGAACAAUACCUCCGAGCAUAAUAUCAAAAGCAUUUAACUUUUGCAUUGCAAUCGCCACAAAAUCAGAAGAGAAUAAAAACUCUAACAGCAAACCAUCAUCAGCAACCAAGAGAAAAAGCAAAACACAAAUAAAAUGGAUGAAAGAUAUCCACAGCACUGCUGAGAAGCAUCUACUUGAAAACAUCGAUCGAUUCCAUGAAAAUCGAGCGCUUAUAAUGUCCUACUUGUUCUCGUAUUCAGAAGUGAAUCUUGAACUGUACGUUCGCCCUGAUCCGGCCAUAGUGCGGCUGAUUCAUAAAUAUCUGGAGGAGUACAUCGACACAAAUGAUACUGAUCUCUAUUCGGAGGAUGUAACAUUCCUGAAUCAAAUGAUCAUUUUGGCAGCGAGAUUUUCAAUCAGGGAUACGGCGGUAGCGAAUAUAACGUGUCUUCUGUUCCGAAUGAUUUUGAAGAAAACCGAUCGGCCCACAACCGUCAGUAACAUAAUUGUUUGCAUAACAGACCUGUGUAAAAAACAUACUCAAAUCGUUGAGCUCGCAUUGGCGGAAAUCAUAUCGAAAUUACGUUCACCCUAUCUUGAAAUCCGCCUGAUAACCUUUAAAAACUUAGCUCAAAUGGUGCUGCAAGAUCUGGUGAAAUUACGAGGAAAUUUGCUUCUAUCUUUGAUGGCCGUCCUGUUGGACGGUGAUCGAGAGCUCUCGAAUCGCGCCACGGAGUUCUUUUUCACAUAUUUGGAGAGAAAGAACUCAAUACUUUUUCAGACUUGUCUGUUAGAGUGUCCUUUUGUAUACAAUGGAUAUUUUGAUUUUGAAGGCUUCGAAAGUUUUUCACCGGCUGAAAUGCAAAUUGAAUCACCAUUAAAAGGUGACGAGAACGCAUCGCUGAGGCAAUUGCUUUACAAAGCAUUCAUGUCAGAGCAGGAAGAGACUGUGCUUUUAAUGUUCUUUGAGAAUUUAAAAUUGGUUCACUCAAAAAUUGUAAAAGACCCGUCCAUCAAUAGCGUAGAAGGACAUUCCAUGAUCAAGGACAUGUUAUUUAUCCUGAAAGAGAUUUGCUAUCAAACCUUUCCUAAAUCUUCCGCACAAGCAUCCAGUGAAGAGCCCAACGACAUGGAUUGCGAUGCACAAAUGCCGACACAGGGAGCAGCGCCAACUGCAGCAGCGAAUGAAUCUCAAUCAAAAGAAAACUCAAAAAAGAAAAAAUCAGUUCCUACCAUGAAUCAAGCUCUUUCUCUAAUCGAAAAAAUGAUUUGUCUUAUUCCAAAAAUCGCCGAGCAUGUCAUGAAAUGGGACUCGUCUUUCGAGCAACCAAUUCAAGAUCUUGCUAUUGCGGUUUGUUGUCGAUUUGAAAAUCUCGCAGAAUUCGCGCAACCUCAAUCAUUUUGGGCACCGCAUAAGAAAAAGGCAAAAGCUACUUUGACGCCAUCGAAAAAGAGAAAACCACCCCAAGUGGUGAGGGCGGACAGUGAGUCAGAUAUAGAGGAGGAAGAUGAUACACAAAAAAAACCACGUUCCAAUGAAUGUGUUCAGAAAUCCAGUGAUAAACCAAUUUCAUUAUUGUUUAAACCACUUUUAUUGUAAGUAAACAUUUGUCAUUUUAAGUGGAAAAACACUAGACUAACUGCUAGAUUUUAAGGAUAUUGACCGUGAAGUAUAUACCGUAAAGUAAAAGAAUGUAAGAAUGCAACAGUUUUCAUGCAACAUUUAAACAUUUCAAUUGUAAAUAAAGUCUCGA